UUUUAUGUUGGUACCUCCGUCCAACAUGUGAAAAUGACACAAGAUUAUUUUUGUGAAAUGUUGUUUUGUUGUGAUUUAAUUUAUCAGUAAUUUCAAAACAAAAACAGUGGAAAAAAGAUAAUGUGCAUUAGAUAGUUUUAUACGCUUUAUAAUCAAGGGCGUAGGUCAGUCACACUAUGCCCACAUACUUGACCCCGAACCGUCAUGGAUAUUCUGUGAGGUUCUCGCCAUUCCAUCCGGAUAAGCUUGUUUGCGCCACAUCACAGUACUUUGGCCUAGCCGGUGGCGGAACAUUGUUCGUGCUAGAGGUGACUCCCGAUGGUUCGUUGGUUGAAGUGUCGACGUCUCAGUGGCCUGACGGAUUGUUUGAUGUGGUCUGGAGUGAGACAGAUUCCAAUGUAGCUGUUACUGCAAGUGGGGAUGGCGUUCUUCAAGUAUGGAAUGUCACAUGUCCACAGUUACCAACUCAAACCUUGAGGGAACACAAAAAAGAAGUAUACAGUGUUGACUGGAGUCAGACUCGACAAGAACAGCUGGUACUUUCGGCAUCAUGGGAUUGCUCAGUGAAACUGUGGGAUCCGAACCGACCGAUGUCGUUGGCCACGUUUCUCGGACACUCGCAGUUAGUUUACAAUGCUAUGUGGUCGCCACAUGUUCCUUCCUGCUUUGCUUCUGUAUCCGGUGAUGGAACGAUGAGGCUAUGGAACUCGCUGGUGCCCGGGCGUGCUACGAUGUCACUGCGUGCGCAUGACGCAGAGGUGUUGUCUUGCAGCUGGUCCAAGUACGACCAGAACCUGUUGGCCACAGGCGGCUCGGACGGCCUCAUUCGCGGAUGGGACCUCAGGAAUUUGGCAAUGCCUAUAUUUGAACAAAAGGGCUGUGAAUAUGCUGUACGAAGGAUACAAUUCUCACCACAUAGUCCAUCUGUAUUAGCGUCUGUAGCAUAUGAUUUUACUACUAGGAUAUGGGAUUUUAAAGUGUCUUGUGAAGCGGUUGAGACUAUAAAACAUCAUUCGGAGUUUGUGUACGGUUUGGAUUUCAACAACCAUGUUCAGGGACAGAUAGCUGACUGUGGUUGGGACUCAUUGGUGCAUGUGUUUACUCCGCGCUCAUUGGCUGGAUUCAGCAAACUGACACCUUGAUAUUAUUCAACGCGUCAUUUUAUUUAAUUGGUUCAAGUAUUACAACUCUUCGAUGAAAUGCUUGCCCAUUUCGAAAAUGUUUUCCUCCCUAGUCGAAAUAAUGAGAAAUGACAGUUCUGCUUGACUAAAAGACAACAGUUUCAAUUCUAUAUUAUCAAUGAAUUUAGAUUGUUAGGCAUUUUAUCAAUAACGAUCAACGUCACUUAUGCAUCAAGUAUAAGCUCUGGUUUAGUUAUUCAUAAGCUUAAAUGGAUUUCCGUGGUUAAUAUAGUAUGCUAUUGAAUCCUACUACCACUAGAGAAAUAAUCAAAUCAAUUCUCUCUGGUGUUUUUGAAAAACUGUUUGAGUCCGCCCUUUUUAAAAAUUUUAUUUUGUGAAAUAAAUUUCCUGAACAAUUCAUCCCCUACAAGUCUUGAUAUUUUUAUAUACAUUUUUAUUAUCGAGAUCUUUUGGGGAAGGCUCUUCAUUGUGGUCUCUGCGACCAAGAUUACAAUGAAUAUCGUAAUUAGGACAUUUGUGCAAUAAAUUUGGCCUGGAGUUGUUAGUUGAGAAUUAUCGAUUAAUAUAGUGAAUCAUUGUUUCUAUCCAGGUAUAGAAUUCAUUCAAUUGAUAACAAUUUUUAUAGAUUGGAAAAACAAUUUUUGUAAAUAGUUGAAAAAACGUCUACACCUUUUCCAACAGUAUUUGAGAAAGUAUCAAUUGUAAUUGAGAAUAGUCAUUUGUAUUUUGAGAAAACGUCAGAUGUAAAUGAGAAUAGUCAAUUGUAUUUGAGAAGUCAUCACUUGUAAUUGAGAAUAGUGAAUUUUAUUUGAGAAUGUAUAAUUUCAAUUUGACAACAUACGAUUUGAAAUCGAGAAGUUGUCAGUUGUAAUUGGGAAAUGAUUUAAAAAAACCUGUACUUCCAGUACUUAUAUUUUUCAUAACUGUACUCAUAUAACAUAAUAUGGAAAUGUAUUUAAUAUUUCAAUAAAACGUUUAGUUUUUGAAUAAAACAUUAUUUUCAAGCCUCAAAAUCCAUUGAAAGAUUGCCGAAUUGUUUGAUCAAGAGAUUCAAUUUAUUGAUGAUAAAGUUUAAUUGCGCCGUAAACAUAGAGAAUUUGAUCUUCAUGAAUUGCAAUGUUUGGAGACAAAAGACGCGUUGCCAAUACAUAGUUAAUAGAAAUAAUUCUCAUUAAUCAUUCGUAAACAGUACAGGGGAAAUACUUUCACCAUUGAAAAUAUUAAAUUUCCCCUAUGCAAAGCCUAUGAUAGUAAUUGGAAUACUGUGUACGAAGUACAGUAUCCUUUCCUGAUCAAAUCAAACCUGUACUGUAGGCUACAGAAGAGUCACGACGUGUCAAUUGGAAAAUUUUCUCAUUUUCAAUUAAUAUCAUCUUAUUCACAUUUGACGAUUUCUUAAAUACAAUUCACUAUUCUCAAUUACAUGUGAUGACUUCCCAAAUACAAUUGACCAUUUUCAUCUACAUCUGACAUUCUCUCAAUUACAAGUGACUAUUCCCAAAUACAAUUGAUACUUUCUCAAAUUAACUUGAUACUUUCUCAAAUAGAAUUGGAAAAGGUGUAGACUAUAGCAGUGGAAACUGCUAUGUCUGCCGAUCUUAUAAAUAUUUCUCAUUAGUUUAAAAAAAAUACAUGAAAUCAAGAAAUUUUUGCCUCUGUUUAGUUCAAUCAAAUUGCGAUUUGUCUGUUUAAGCUCCAAAUACUAUUGAAAAGAGAAUAAGAUUCUGAAUUACUCUCUAUUCAUUGUGAAAAUUUUUGAAAGAUGAACUUUCAUGAUAAUCAGGGCUGUCUUUUCAUAAUAUACUAAACAUUCCACAUUCCUAUAAUGAACCUAUUUCUUCAAUUCAUUGUUUUGAAGUUGUUCAAAAACAGCUAUAAUUUAGUUGUUUUUUUAGUAUUAUCGUGCUGUAUAUGUUACAUUUUCCAUUAUUAUUUGUAAAUUCAAUGAAUCUCUUAUUAUUGUUCUGUUUGAAACUCAAAAGUUGUUUAUUUCAUUCUGAUUCUAAUACAGUAUUAGUAACCUCAUUUAUUCAAUUUGUAAAGAACCAUAGAACACAGAAAACCAUGGUUCUUAUCUUAUUAUUAUAAUUUUUAAAUUAAUAGAUGUUUAUUUCUAGAAUCCAGGAAUCUCAAACUAAUUGUACAGAUUGAAAUUCGAAAUUUGUGCAUUUAUUGCUAUUCCAAUUUUAGUAAUCUCCUUAAUUGUUUUUUAAUUAGGCUACCAUAGAAAUCAGAAAACUGUUAUUAAAAUCCGUGGCUUUUAGCAUACUAUUGUAAUUUUAAAUCAUUGUAUAAUGUACAUUCCAAAAAAGUAGUUAGACUAUUGAGGUUGUUAAACAAAUUAAAAGACUGUACUACUUCUAACUGCAAAGCAGUAAUAAAUUAUAAAGCUAUAAUCUAACUUUUCGUUUGUAAAUAUUUUCAACUUGUCAGCUACUUGUAUGUAUGUUCAAUUUCAAUCGGCAGGCUGUUUCCAAAGGCAAGUUUGAUUCAUAUUUUGGUGAUUGUAUAUAACUGGUUGAUAUAAUGUGAAGGACAUUUUACAAAUAUAAAAUACUCUUGUAGAAUGUUGA